AUGAAGUAGUAGGGAUAUGCUUAAAUCUUUUAAAGAGACCCAAACUAUAAUGGUCCCCAUAUUGUUCAAACCUACCUGAAAAAAGAAAAAAGUAGUGCUUCAUAUAAGUUUUUUAGUGAUUAAAAUACCAGAUUUUUUACAUUAAAUAUGCAAAACUUUCAGUUUUAUUAUACACCAAAAGACUAAUAUUAAUCAAAAGACAUUAAGUAUAUAGAUAUAGAGAACCUUAAAUAUGUUGUCGAUAGAGGAUGUUAUAAAAAUAAGAAAGGCCAAAAUAAAGAAUGGACAUAUUAAUUUAUAAUGUAUUUUACAAACAAGUAUACUGUUAUCUACUGUCAAAAUGAGAUUAUGAAAUAGCUCUGGCUUAAUGCUUUCAAAAACAUUAUUAGAAUCUCAGAUAAAAAAAGGCUGUUUUAUACUGGAGAUACAAAUGAAGUAAACUUAAAUGUUAUAGAUAGUAUUAAAGACAAUAGCGUAGAUUCAAAGAGUUAAACAUAGGAGAUAAAUAGAGAAAACAGAAUAGACUCAAAUUCAAUUAACAAUACUAAUAAUAUUUAAAGUAGCUUAAACAGCUAAGUAGAGCAAAAAAAAGCUAAAAAUAAUUUAGAUUCAUAGGAAUAAAUCAAUAGCUAGCAUGACUCAAGACGAAAUAGCAAUGAUAGCUUUAAUAGUAAUGACUCUCUAGGAAGAAAAAAACGAAAAUCUUAAUUCUAAGAAGUUAAAAAAAGGGUUUUUAGCUCUAGCUACAAAAGAAAAUAAAAUGCUGAUCAAUUUUGGAAUAAUAAAGUGAUUCCUCUUUUGAGAUAAAAAUUAUAAUAGGUUAGAAAUAAAAUCAAGAGAAUUAAGGAAAAUUAAUAAUCCUAAAUGGAGAAUUAAUAACAAAACUUAAUUUCAAAACAAUAAGAAAAUGAAUUAAAAGAAAAACAAACUUAAAAAAGUGAAGAAAAAUUGUAGCCAGCAAAAUAAAAAGAAGAUUCAGAGUAAUAAGAAGCCAUUUUAGAAGGAAAUAAUAAGUUUAAUAAUAUUAAUGAGGUAGAGAUUUUCAAUUUGGAAGCAUCAAAUAUCUAAGGUUCUAAUAUUAAUUCAGAAGUAAAAAUAUUUAGAAAGAGUGAUGAGAAGAAUUCAUAAAAGAAAUCUCACAAAAAUAGCUAUUAAAAGUCAGAGGGUUCUGGAAGAAAGCACAAAGUAAACAUAUUCGAAAAUGUAUAUUAAAAUGGAGACUAAGAAGAUGAUGCUCCUACUUUGAACAUUCAAUUUUAGUAGAAGAAAUCUUAAAAUGGGUGGGAUGGCAAUGAUGUAGACCUUCUCUAAAACAUUUUAAGAGAAAAUUCUGAUCAACUCAAAGAAAACAAUAAUGAUAACUUUUAAGAUAAUUAAAUUUAAGUGAAAGAGCAGAAGUAAUAAGAAUAAUAAUUUAAUAGAAGUUAAUUAAAAAGUGAGGACAUCCAAGAAGUCAGCAUUUUUAAGCAAGAAGUUUAAUAAAAAAAUAAGGAACCUUCAAAAAUGAAGCAAUUAAAUGAUUAUGAUGACUGGGAUGUUGAUUUAGACAAUACGCCUACCCCUGCUAUUGCUGGAAAUAAAAAAAAUAAUUUAUAAUAAUUUUAAAAUUAAACCUAUAACAAUACUAAUAACUCAUUAGUUUAUUAAAACAAAAACUAAACUAAUAAUACUCAUAGUUUAAACUAAUACUUUACUAGCAAUAAUAAGAGCUAUACUAAUUAAGAAACAUACUAACAACCAUUUUAAAAAUCAUAAGCAUAACAAAACCAGUAAUUAAAUGUCAUAGAAAAUGAUUAUGACAACUGGGAUGAUGAUAUGUGA